AUUCCUUUCUUCCUCGUCUAUCUCUGGUUCUUCCUUUCUUCCUCUGUUCCCCUUCUCUUUCCUCUCCCAUUGCUUCUUAUUCCUUUCUUUCUCUCAAUUUCGCUUCUCUCUACUUCCUCUUUCCUUCUAAUUCCUUCUUUCUUCAUCUAUCCCCCUUCUCCUUCCUCUUCCAUUGCUUCUUAUUCCCUUCUUUCUCUUUCCCAUCCUUUCCUUCCCAGCUGAGAACGUGACCUUGAACUUGAAACUGGGGUCAACAUUGAAAGUGAAAGUGCUUACGAGAAUCAGCUGAUUUUUUUCUUCUCUCCUUUAUCCGCCUUCUCCUUCCUCUCCCAUCGCUUUUUAUUCCUUUCUUUAUCACUAUCUUCCUUCUCCCUCCUUUGCUUCGCAUCUGAGACCAUCUGAGAGAGAAUAAGACCAUGGACUUGAGAGUGAAAGUUGUUUACAUGCAUCAGCUGGUGGGGGCAGAAAGCGCGGGAAAGGUUCAGUCCAACAGCUUCCCAUCACACAUAAUGCACCACAAUGGCCAACAGAAAGCUGAGCACACUGCCCCUGGACGAGGAGGUCAAGGCCACCCUGGCCAUGAUGUCCCUCGAGACCAUCAAGGACGUGGUGACCCUGCCGCCCUACACCCUGAUGGACGUGCUGGGCCAGAGUGCCGCCCAGUACAACGACUUCAUGGACACCCUCCUGAGCGUGUGCCUCCCUCCCAGAACCACCGCCUAUGAGAUGGAGGAGAGGGAGCGGCGUAACACCAUCCCUCUGGGGAACCGCGACCUGGACAUCCUGCUGGGUGGGGGCAUUCUGCCGGGCUCCCUCUAUGAGUUUGUGGGUCCCCCUGGGGUAGGCAAGACCCAGUGGUGCCUUCACAUGAGCGCCUCGGUGGUGGCCGCUGGUCGGGGCGAGGGAGAAACGAGCCCAUCGGUGAUAUACAUAGACACAGAGUGCGCUGCCAGGCCGGAGAGACUGGUGCAGAUAAUGAAGAACAAAUACCCAGAGCUGUCUGCAGAGAUAUCCAAAUUGCUCUCCAGAAUACAUGUGUUUCGGCCACAGACGACCGCCGAGUUGCUGGAAAUACUCGACUCGCUGGAAUUCACUGCGAUUGAGAAGGACGCCCGUUUGGUUGUGGUUGACUCCAUCACCAGCAUUGAGGACAGCCUGUCAACCACUUCCAGGAGAAAGCGGGCAGCACAGCUCUCAUCCUGGGCUGCCAAACUCAAGGGUCUCGCUCACAACCUUAAUAUUUGUGUUGUGGUGACGAACCAGACCACAACAAUGUCAGACCCGUACCUCCAUGACCCAGACCUGAUAGAGGACUACGAGGGGCCAGAACAGGCCGUGUCAGACCCUGAGAGUCCUGCAGCAGAGGCCAUGGAUGAUAUGCCACUCCCUAUGGACCCUGUGCCAGACCCUGAGAGUCCUGCAGCAGAGGCCAGGGAUGAUAUGCCAGUCCCUAUGGACCCUGUGCCAGACCCUGAGAGUCCUGCAGCAGAGGCCAGGGAUGAUAUGCCAGUCCCUAUGGACCCUGUGCCAGACCCUGAAGACCCUAUGCCAGACCUAGAGAACAGAGUGCCAGACCAGGGCUAUGUUACAGACCCUGAAGACCAUUUGGUAGACUCGACAACAGGCCCAGAGAACAGUGUGCCAGACCAGGGCCAUGUGUCAGACCCUGAAAUCUGUAUCCCAGACUCAACAACAGGCCCAGAGAACAGAGUGCCAGACCAGGGCCAUGUGUCAGACCUUGAAAUAUGUAUCCCAGAAUCAACAACAGGCCCAGGGAAUGGAGUGCCAGACCAGGGCCAUGUGUCAGACCCUGAAGACCAUGUGCAAGAGGUAUUGGCAGCCCCAGAGAACAGAAUGCCAUACCAGGGCCAUGUGUCAGACCCUGAAGACCAUAUGCAAGAGCUAUUGGCAGCCCCAGAGAACAGAAUGCCAUACCGGGGCCAUGUGUCAGACCCUGAAGACCCUAUGCCAGAGAACAGAGUGCCAUACCAGGGCCAUGUGUCAGACCCUGAAGACCCUAUGCCAGAGAACAGAGUGCCAUACCAGGGCCAUGUGUCAGACCCUGAUGACCCAGUGAUAGGCCCUGAGGAGAGUGUGGACUCUGCCGAACCCUCCAGUGCUCACACACCACUCUCAGAGAACAGUGUGCCAGACCAGGAUCAUGUGUCAGCCCCUGAAGACCCUAUGUCGAUGUCAGACCAAGAGGAGAGUGAUGACCCCGACAAGGCCUCCAAGCCCCUUAUUCCUGCUAUGGGCGACACCUGGACCAACUGCGUCAACACCAGAAUCGUCCUGCAGUACACCGACUCCGGCGGCAGACAGCUGGUGAUUGCCAAGUCCCCCGUGUCUCCUUACGCUGUCCUCACCUACUACAUAAGAGAGGACGGCAUCGUGGUGGACGAGAGGAACGGCGUUUACACAUAUAACUCUGGUGUUGAUCCCAGCCGGUUCCGGAUGAGGCCAUGUCCCGAGGAGGUGGCUUUUGGCUCACUCUCCAAGCAGUAGGAAGGAAGGAAUGCAAAGGUUUCUGAUAUUAUUUUCAUACCCGAGAGAGGUUACUAUUUAACUGUCCCGAGAAGGUGGCUUUUGGCUCACUCUCCAAGCAGUAGGAAGGAAGGAAUGCAAAGGUUUCUGAUAUUAUUUUCAUACCCGAGAGAGGUUACUAUUUAACUGUCCCGAGAAGGUGGCUUUUGGCUCACUCUCCAAGCAGUAGGAAGGAAGGAAUGCAAAGGUUUCUGAUAUUAUUUUCAUACCCAAGUGAGGUUACUAUUUAUUUAUGUUUGUGUGAGGAUAAGGAGAUGGGAUUUUCUGUGAUACUAUAGACUUAGAAUGAAAGUAAUGUGUGUGUGUGUGUGUGUGAGAGGGGCUAACAGAGAUGGUUUACUAAGGCUGAUGUAUUAUAAUGAAUUAUAUAUAUUUUGCUAUUGUGAAUUAAGGAAGGAAGUGAUGUGUGAGAUGGCCAAACUGACUGACUGACUGACUCAACUGAAUGACUUAACUGAAUGACUAAUUGACUGAUGAACUAACAACUGAUUGACUUACUGACUAACUUAACUGACUGACUGUAACUGCCUACCUACCUGCCUGCCUGACUGACUAAUUGACCCACUGACUGACUGACCAAGCCCCUAAAUUGUAACAAGUGUGAUGAAAGUAUUAUAUGUGCAAAAUAACAGGAGAUAUACUUAACCAGGCUCAUGCAUCUAAUGUGUGUGGUAACUCAAAUACAAGUGCUCAAUGUACGGUUCAUUUCAAGAGAAUAAAACUGGAGUACUAUA